GCUAGAGUCUACACCUGAAUCUAACAAGCGUGCUUUAGGAAAUGAGCACAGUAGUGGAGCAAACACACCAGCAAGAACUAGGGACUCGUGGCUUGAGUGUCCCCGGGCGCCGUAACAAUAAGCGGCAGCUUAGGAAGGCGGGCGAUUUCCUCGCUGGCGUUUCCAGGCUGUGGACCCCGUAAGAGGCGGCCGAGCACGGGUCUGGGCUGAGGGCUAGGGGAGAUCCAAGAGAAGGGGCAGCAAGCCGCCUGAUUGACAGCUCGAAAUCUGAUCUUGUGAAAGAGAAGCGGAGCCAAUGGGAGCCAGCGAUCCAUCAGUUUGGAUUGGAGGCCCCUGGAGGAGAAGUAGAGGAAAAACCACCGAAUUGAGCUCUGUCAGAGGCGCUUUCAGCUUCCAAGGGGGAAGUGCUGGGCAAUAAUUAAUGUUUUUAUUAAAUUUGGAGAGAAUUUUUUGCAGCCGUUCGCCUAACGAGGCCUUCAGUCCCGUUAGGUGCAAAGCAAGUCUCGUUGAUCGCCAUUGCUAGUUUUGCACACGUUUGCGAAUCUGUGCUGCCCGGGGUACAACGACUGCGCAGGGAAACAUCGGGAGAGUAAAUAAAUACAUCGCCUCUUGUUCGGAUUUUUUGCUACUGCCGAAAAUAUGUAAAUUGUGAACUCUCUUGGCUCUCUUUGGAUCCAGGUUGAUUGAAGUCCAGAUCCUGAGGAAAUCUCCAGCUAAAUGCUCAAAAUAUAAAACACUGAGCUGAGAUUUGCGAAGAGCAACAGAAUGGAUGGAUUUUAUGACCAGCAAGUGCCUUACAUGGUCACCAAUAGUCAGCGUGGGAGAAAUUGUAACGAGAAACCAACAAAUGUCAGAAAAAGAAAAUUCAUUAACAGAGAUCUGGCUCAUGAUUCAGAAGAACUCUUUCAAGAUCUAAGUCAAUUACAGGAAACAUGGCUUGCAGAAGCUCAGGUACCUGACAAUGAUGAGCAGUUUGUGCCAGACUAUCAGGCUGAAAGUUUGGCUUUUCAUGGCCUACCAUUGAAAAUCAAGAAGGAACCCCACAGUCCAUGUUCAGAACUCGGCUCAGCCUGCAGUCAAGAACAGCCCUUUAAAUUCAGCUAUGGAGAAAAGUGCCUGUACAAUGUCAGUGCCUAUGAUCAGAAGCCACAAGUGGGAAUGAGGCCCUCCAACCCCCCAACACCAUCCAGCACUCCAGUGUCCCCACUACAUCAUGCAUCUCCAAACUCAGCUCAUACUCCGAAACCUGACCGCACAUACCCAGCUCACCUCCCUCCAUCACAGACCAUCCAAGACAAUAGCUACCCCAUGGACCACAGAUUUCGUCGCCAACUUUCUGAGCCUUGUAAUUCCUUUCCUCCUCUGCCAACGAUGCCAAGGGAAGGACGUCCUAUGUAUCAACGACAAAUGUCUGAACCAAACAUCCCCUUCCCACCUCAAGGCUUUAAGCAGGAGUAUCAUGACCCAGUGUAUGAACACAACACCAUGGUUGGUGGACCAGCCAGCCAAAGCUUCCCCCCUCCGCUGAUGAUUAAACAAGAACCCAGAGAUUUUGCAUAUGAUUCAGAAGUGCCUAGCUGCCACUCCAUUUAUAUGAGGCAAGAAGGCUUUCUGACUCAUCCCAGCAGAACAGAAGGCUGUAUGUUUGAAAAGGGCCCCCGGCAGUUUUAUGAUGACACCUGUGUUGUCCCAGAAAAAUUUGAUGGUGACAUCAAACAAGAGCCAGGAAUGUAUCGGGAAGGACCCACAUACCAGAGAAGGGGAUCUCUUCAGCUCUGGCAGUUUUUGGUAGCUCUUCUGGAUGACCCUUCAAAUUCUCACUUUAUUGCCUGGACCGGACGAGGCAUGGAAUUUAAAUUGAUUGAACCUGAAGAGGUGGCCCGACGUUGGGGCAUUCAGAAAAACAGGCCUGCUAUGAACUAUGAUAAACUUAGCCGUUCACUCCGCUAUUAUUAUGAGAAAGGAAUCAUGCAAAAGGUGGCCGGAGAGAGAUAUGUCUACAAAUUUGUGUGUGAUCCAGAAGCCCUUUUCUCCAUGGCCUUUCCUGAUAAUCAGCGCCCACUACUGAAGACUGACAUGGAACGUCACAUCAAUGAAGAGGACACGGUGCCUCUCUCUCACUUUGAUGAGAGCAUGGCCUACAUGCCAGAAGGGGGCUGUUGCAACCCCCACCCCUACAAUGAAGGCUAUGUGUAUUAACACAGUGACAGUAAAGCUGGGCCUCUUCCUGCUUCUCUUCUCUUUGCAAGAUGCAGAGAAUCUCUGAAUUCUCUCCAAUCUUUGUUUUAUUUUUGUCAUUGUAUUUUAUUUUUAAAUAAUAAUACACAAAGGGGCUUUUCCUGUUGCAUUAUUCUAUGGUCUGCCAUGGACUGCGCACUUUAUUUGAGGGUGGGUGGUAGUAAUCUAAACAUUUAUGCUGUGUAACAGGAAAAUAAUGGGUGAAUGGGUGGGGGGGUGGCUUGGGGAUUACUUUUUAUGUAGGCUUGGGAUGGGGUCCUACAGGUUUUAAGUAUAAUGAAGCUAUAUCAUGUUUUUUUCUGAUUUCCUAACAACAUAAGAAAAAGUUCCUUUUCUCCAGGUAUCUAAGGUACAGUUAAUUCACAUUGUGUAAAUAUCCACUUGGAGACUUGCCUUGGGCAUUUCCCCUUAUCAUUUCUCAGUCUCUGCAAGGUGUUCACACAUGUUACACACACACACACACACACACACACACACACACACAAAUCUACUGUAAAUGGCAGUUAAUUGAUAGAAAUGACUGUUUUGCACCUCUUGUAAAAAGGUAUUUAGAGAUUGCAUUUGCUGUCUGUUUUGUUUUGCUUUAUAUAUGACUCACAGAGGAUAACCAUAAAAUGGGCAAUUCUCUCUGAUGUUAAUAAUCACCAUGACUGUAAAUGAAGGGCACAAUUUUGGACUCUGGCUCCAAACUGAGUCAUGGGCCAGUAGCAUUACAUGUAUAUAACACCUUGCUGCUUAGGUACAAAUCAUACUGUCUUUUAAAUAUUCUGAGGCCCAUUUCAGUUGAAUAAUACGUCAUGGUCCUUUGAGAUCUUCAUUUAAAUGUUAAAUCUGGGGUAACAAUGAAGCAAAAAAUAUGUGUCUCCUUUCACUUCUUCAGUACAUGAAACUUAUUUAAUCAAUAAGAAUUAACUGUACUAAAUCAUAUAUUAUGCUGUUUUAGAUAUAACAGCAGCCACUCCUUAAGAAAAAUAUCCAAUACACUAAAUAGGUACUAUAGUAAUUUUUAGACAUGGUACCCAUUGAUAUGCAUUUAAACCUUUUACUGCUGUGUUAUGUUGAUAACAUGUAUAAAUAUUAGAUAAUGCUAAUGCUUCUGCUGCUGUCUUUUCUGUAAUAUUCUCUUUCAUGCUGAAUUUACUAUGACCAUUUAUAAGCAAUGCAUUUAACUACAGAUAGCAUUUCAGGACAAAAUAGAUGACUCAAAGCAUUUAUUGCUUAAAAAAUAGCUUACACCAUACUACGCUAUAAGCAGCUUUUAUGCACAUUGACAAAUGAAGAGUAAGCUUCAGCUUGCUAAGGAAAACUGUGGAAAUUUUUGUAACUUUUGGUGAAGUGGAAAAUUAUUUACAAACUGUCAAAGAAUCUGAGGAAGUUGCUGUAUGACAUAGUGCUGGCACUGAUAUUACCCAUUAUCUUGUUUUGGACACUCGUGUAAAUGUGAUUGGAUUGAAAGAAGAUUUAAAGUUUCAAAGAUUUUUGCUUUGGUUUUGUUUUACAUUUAAAGAAAUUAUUGAAAACAAGAUAUAUUGUUCCAUUAACCUCGAAAAAUACAAAGUAAAUGGUGUUAAAGAAUCUCUGAAUACCUUCCUCAAUGAUUCAAGCAAGAAAUGAAUUUUGUUCAGUCGGUCAA